AUGGCAUGGCAUGGCCAUCCCUUCUUCCACUUCCCUCCUGACCCCUUCUUCCACUUCCCUCCUAACCCCUUCUUCCACUUCCCUCCUAACCCCUUCUUCCACUUCCCUCCUGACCCCUUCUUCCACUUCCCUCCUGACCCCUUCUUCCACUUCCCUCCUGACCCCUUCUUCCACUUCCCUCCUGACCCCUUCUUCCACUUCCCUCCUAACCCCUUCUUCCACUUCCCUCCUAACCCCUUCUUCCACUUCCCUCCUGACCCCUUCUUCCACUUCCCUCCUGACCCCUUCUUCCACUUCCCUCCUAACCCCUUCUUCCACUUCCCUCCUGACCCCUUCUUCCACUUCCCUCCUGACCCCUUCUUCCACUUCCCUCCUAAUCCCUUCUUCCACUUCCCUCCUAAUCCCUUCUUCCACUUCCCUCCUAACCCCUUCUUCCACUUCCCUCCUACCCCCUUCUUCCACUUCCCUCCUGACCCCUUCUUCCUUCUUCCACCUUCCCAUUCAGCAAGCGGGCUGACAGUGACAAAGGACACGCCCAGCAUGGCCGUUGCGAUUCGCUCUCUCCCCCAUCACGGAGGCAUCUAUGUACCUGCUUGCGCCCACGGCCAAAGUCAGCAAGGGGCCCAACAGUGA